CGCGGCUCGUUGUGUGUAUGUGUUGUCCCUUGACGGAUUUAUAGAGUUGGCCGUGGCGGAUAACGUAGAUUAGCGAUUGUUUUGUUUAUUAUCUUUAUUCGAGUGCGGGUGUCAAGACGAAAGACCGUCACAAGCAGUGCGACCCGUCUCGCCGAACUACUUUGAAGUGUGAGGUGAAGGAGGAUGUAAACGGUGCCUUCUUCAAUUGUCGUGUCGGCUAGAUUAUAGACUAGGAGCUAGCUUGGUGGUGCCGUGUCGAUGCUCAUUUGGAAUACUCCACAUUCCCAAUCAAGCCUAGAGACCGUUACCAACGAUACUUCUGCGUCGGCCAACAUUUCGUCACCUGUAAAUAAAAGGAGGGGAUUCAGCGGACGGAAAUGGCUGCCGCCCCCGCUAAGGAAAUUGUCACAGGGUAAGGUCGAUAAGGCGCAGACGGCCCCUUCGACGCCGCCACUGAAGAAGACGGGAUCCGAUAAGAGGAUCAAGGCGCCAUCAGAAAUGGGCAACAAACCGUCGGUAUCCGAGGGCGAAGAAGAAGACGAUCGACCGCCGCCCUCUCUGAAGGGGGCUAAGUCGCUUGGCGCCGAAAUCGCGAAUGGCGGCGGAGCCGCAGGCGAGGAGGCGGACGAGGAACUGGAACUACCGCCGCCGAUGAAGCCAAUCCAGGAACCGAUACUUGUCACACCGCCGCCCCCGUCGAUGCAUGCUGGCAGCGGGUCGGCUAAUUCAGAAGAGAAUCCUUGCAAAAGGGUGUCUGAUCUAACAUUAAAAUCACUAGAAGGUGCCACGUCUGCCGACUUGGCAGAGAUUGAGCAGUUGGUGAAGGAGAGAAUGGAGCAACAUUCCGAGAUCCAGGAACGCAAUUCUCUGAUGCGCGACGCCAAGUCCGAAACGGCCAUUUCGGAGUACGGAGAUUCCUCCUCGGUGGGCGGCCACCUGGACCUAGGGCACCGCUUCUCCAACGAGGCGUCGGCGUUAAGCGGCGACGAGGGCGACAAGCCGUCCGAGGAUGGCGUCGACGGCAAGAAGACGGAAAUAUUGCUGAAGAAGAGGGCGUACGUGCUGCGGGAGCUGAUCGAUACCGAGGAGGCGUACGUCAGGGACCUGUCGCUGAUCGUCGACGGGUACAUCGCCGCGAUGAAGGACCCCGAGUGCGAGGUACCGAUGCCGGAGGACCUGCGCGACGGCAAGGACAAGCUUGUCUUCGGGAAUAUCGAGGUCAUAUACGAUUGGCACAAGGACUUCUUUCUCAAAUCCCUGAAACAAGCCGUCGAAAAUCCCAUCGAGCUCGCAACGCUCUUCAAACGCUACGAACGGAAACUCCAAAUGUACGUCAUCUACUGCAAGAAUAAACAUGUUUCCGAAUAUAUCGUCUCGGAGUACCUGGACACCUAUUUCGAGGAGCUGCGCGUCAAGCUCGGCCACAAGUUGCAGCUGUGCGAUCUGCUAAUCAAGCCCGUCCAGAGGAUCAUGAAAUAUCAGCUGAUGCUCAAGGACAUCUUGAAGUAUACGGAAAGGGCGGGGAUAGUGUCGGAAAUCGAACCGAUGAGAGCCGCUUACAACAUUAUGGUGGUAGUGCCCAAGACGGCAAACGAUAUGAUGGAUGUGGGAAGGUUGCAGGGAUUCGAGGGUAAAAUAACCGCCCAAGGCAAGCUUCUGUACCACGGACUGCUGACGGUGUCCGAUUUGCCCGGAAUGAACCCCUUGGUGGGGAAAAACAAGGACCUCCAAGUGUUCUUCUUCGAACAGAGCGUAAUAUUCUCGGAAGUGACGGGAAAAAAGACUCAGUUUACUAGUCCGCAAUAUAUUUAUAAGUCCCACAUACAAGUAAACAAACUCUCCCUGAAAAUGCGCGAAGAUUGCUUCAUACUAGAAUCGACGGAUCCGAACCGCUGCGUGGGUUUCACGUGUCAAGCCGCUUCCGAAGAGUUGCACAAGCAAUGGCUGACGACGAUCCACGAUACCCUGCAGAAGCAGCGCGACUUCCUGAUCGCCAUCCAGAGUCCCAUAGCUUACCAGAAGGAGUUGACGAAAGAAGCGUGAGUAUAUGCAUACACAACAGUUUGCCUGUUUUGGAUAUGGGAGUUCGAAACUAACUCUGGUUGUGAUCUUAUUCUGUUGGCGGUCUGAUACGGUCGGGGUGUUGUCGAGAAUGGUCCAGGUUACCGAUAUUAUUUUUUGUAUCGUUUUCAAUCAGUUUUUAUUACUCAAUUGGAUUAGACAGGUGAUUUUGGAAUCUAGAACUUUCCAGAAUUGAUAUGCUGAAUUUAUGUUUGGGAAUCCUAAAGUUAUAUUGAGUUGAUACAACCUAGUUUUUAGUCCAGAAAAAUACUUUGUUACUAUCAUAAAGACUCUCGUUUCUACUGUAGACUAAAUUAAACUAAAAGUUUCGUCAGUAUUUUCAAUUAAACGAAGUUUCAAUUUGGUCGUUGCUUGUGGCAACGUUCUCCAAUACACAUCAUAACGUUCCUGCGGUGUUAUUCUGCUAAUUUUGUAAGUCUUAUGAAAUCCGUUAUUUGGAGUACACAGAUUCGUAGAUUUGUAAAAAAAAUAAAACAGAAACUCCUGAACUUAUAUAUAAAAUGUCAAUCAUAGAGAAAUAACUAUCAUCUUGCUGUUGAAACUUUCUAGAAAGAACUGGGACUCAGUUUCUUUACUCAACUGUUGGGUUAUAUCAGCUGAAUGUGAUAUUAGAUAUUUUAGUUCGGGAUCACAAUCACUUUUCUGCAUAUUUAUGGAGCAAGUCUAGGUCCACAAUGUAACAUGAAAUAACUCAAUCAACUUUAAUUCUCACAAAAGCAAGCAGUUGCUUGGAGCAGUUCCUUUCCUUAUGAUUAAUUUAUUUUCUGACCGAAAAUUCUCGCACAACUCCCCGAAAAUUGUAAAAUAAAUGAGAGAAAACUCCCGACGCGUACAUUGAAGUGUUGACGGAAACUUUUGAGGUGAACGGGACAGACGAUUAGUUUUAAAAUUGAGACGUUUGUUUUCAUUUUCUCCGUGAAUCUGAAACCGUUUGAGCAACGGACGGGAUAUGUAUUUAUGUGUAAAAAUGUUUUAACAGAUUUUCCGCCGGCGCUGCGAACCAGUCGGUUCGAUUCCGGCAAAGUUUUAUUGUGUACCAUACCACCUAUGAAUCUUGCAAAUUUUCGCAAAAUACAAAAACUCUAAUGCUCUGCCUGUCGAGAGAAAAUGGCGAGAGAACUUGAUGGUUUACUACUGGAAUCGAGGUGAUACUAGCCGAUAUAGUUUUGAAACUUUUGAAAUUUCACUUCUAAGACUUUCAAGUCAAAAACAGUCGUUUCAAGUGUUAAUUGGAUUACAGCUGUGUACUUUGAAUUUUUUUUUAAUUCCUUGUUGGUUUUAAGAUUCGAUUGCCAAACUGAAACCAUGGAAUACCUUUACAGAUGAGACACUCAACAUGGAUCAGGAACCAUGUUUUUUUACAGAUGACAAUCCUAAUGGCGAUGAUAUCAAUCUAAAAAUUUGGAUGUCAAUGAUCGCUAAUCAAUUUUUUACUCAGUUUGGUUAAAAUUUCGGUCGUCAUCGGUCAUCUGUAAUGAAAUUUCUGCUGAAACUGAUCUUAUACACCUUCAACACAGAAUGGAUAUUGAUAAUAAUGGAAUCCGUUGGGCAGCAAAAACACCCACAUCAAUGCCGCAGAGAUCGCUUUACUCCCGAGGAGUCACCCUUCAACAACAUUGAAGACCUGGACUUAUUAAAGCAUGUGAUCUUUGC